AAGGGAAAGCGUCGAAAAUAUUGUAUGACUUGCACGUGACUUAAAGCAACCCACAAAGCGGUGUAUAACGAAAUUUAAAAAAAAAAAAAAAAAAACAAUUCAUGAACCGCUCCCAAAUACCCAAACGCAAAAUCGAACCCUCUCUCUCUCCUCUUUCUUCAGCUUUCAGAUCUGAAAACUUCAUAUACUAAACCUAAUUGUUCAUCACUAUCCUUUAUUCUUGUACAAUCUAAGCUAUCUUUUGAAACUGCCUGAAAUUUAGCGAGUUGAGUCGAAAUCGUGGUAAUGUUUUUCCGCUCCUUGUUAAUUUUUUCAAUUGACGUUGACGGUGGCUGGGAACACUUGAGCUUUAUUACCUUAAUGUUUAAGCUGUAGCUCGGGAUUACAAGCUCAGUAAAAUAAGAAGUCAAAAUGACACUGUAGGAGAAGUGGCCCCUGUGACGAAUAAGAAAUUUAGUCUUAAAGAGAGAGUAAGAAGACCCCGGGAUUGAAUAGCCGAGCUUGCUAAGUGUGAAAUAGUACUAAUUAUCCUCUCUAAACAAAUUCAUCAUCAAUGAGUGGGUGGAAGCCUAAAUGGAAGGUGAAGCGGCUGAUGCCAAAGGGGGGACAGAAAGCUUUCCAUCAAUGGUGUAUGGUGAUGGUGUAUCUGUGGAAGAGUGUCAAAAGAUGAUCCAGAGAAGCUUGCGAACUCCCAUGGUGAGAUUUCUGAUGGAGAAUUUGGAAAAAUCAGGGUGUAGCAUUGGAGAUAACUUCAUAAAAGCUGUUGAUUGUAAGCAGAAAAUUAGUGGUGGUUAUGUUUGUGGUGGAGGGAUAAUGGUAUGUAGCAAUUAUAUGAACAUGCAAGAUGAGGUUAACCAAGUUCUGAUUCAUGAGCUCAUUCAUGCUUAUGAUGAUUGUACAGCGAAAAACUUAAAUUGGGCUAAUUGUGCUCAUCAUGCUUGUAGUGAGAUUCGCGCUGGCCAUUUGAGUGGUGAUUGCCACUUCAAACGAGAGCUAUUGCGUGGCUAUAUGAAGCUCCGAGGUCAUGAACAAGAUUGUGUGAAGAGAAGAGUAAUGAAAUCAGUGAUGGCCAAUCCUCACUGCUCUGAAACAGCUGCCAAGGAUGCAAUGGAAGCUGUAUGGGAGACUUGUUACAAUGAUACACGACCUUUCGAUAGAGCUCCUUGAGAUACACCAGUUUUCUUAUAAAUGGCUUAUGUGUAAUGUUUGAAGCAAGUUACACAAUAUUUUGUUUCCAUAACUUUAUAACAGUUGAUUACUUUUCUCUGAAACAAUCUUGAUUGUUGCAUCACUUUAUAGUGGAUCUCUUUGAUAGGCAGUUCAAUUCGAAACAAUUGUACUGGAAUUUGUACGGGCAUGAAUCAAACAAAUAAAUCUGGAUUUUUUUUUAGCAUGA